CCUUUAUAAGCAGCACCACCCCUCGCUGGGGAGAAAAAAAUUCCCAAAAAACAAAACAAGAGCAUAGGAGAGCACAAAGAACACAGAGUUUAACAGCAGAGAAAUCAAAGGGGGUUAGUGUGCACACUCCUUCCAUGGCCGGCCUGAGUGUCCUUCUUGAGACGACGCACAAGAACCGCUCCAGCAGCACGAAGCAUCCCCAGGUCAUCAGCAAGGCUACCCUCCAUAGCCACCCCAAGAUCUCCUCCACCUCUCCGUCGGCGGCGGCGGCGACGACGAGCUCCUUCUUGCAGCGCUGCUUCCUCUGCCGCAAGGAGCUCGCCGGAGACAAGGACAUCUACAUGUACAGAGGGGACAGAGCGUUCUGCAGCGUGGAUUGCCGGUGCAGGCAGAUCUUCAUGGACGAGGACGCCGCCGCCGCCGCCGCCGCGGGUGGCGCAUCCACCGUGCGCGCCGGCCGGCGGCGGGCCACCGUGCCGCGCGAACAAACCGGCGGCCGCGCGUGCGCCGGCGCCGGCGGCUUCGCGUACUGAUCGGAACCACCGCCAGCUGCAAGGGAAGAAAAAAAAAAAACGUACGCAACGUAGAUUAUCAUCAUUAACCAAAAAGGCGCAAGAGAUUAAGCACAACAAGAUCGAGAUGUGCUUGAUUAAUCACUCGUUAAUGGAAAUGUACUUGUUGAUUAAUUCUUUUUGUUUCUCUUAUUAUUAUUAUUAUUUAUCAUUUGGUUUGGGGUU